AUGGCUCACCACAACUUCCUGACGCUUUCGAGCCCUUCUUCCUCAAUUUCUUUCUUUCUUUCUUUCUUUCUUUCUUGUUCUUGUUUUUUUUUCCUUCUUUCAUUUACAUGUCUAUACUUCCUUCUAUAUAAUACAUUUCUUCGUUCAUUUCUUUCUUUCUUUCUUUUUGCCUCGUUCAUUCCUUGUUGUUCUUUUUUACUUCUUCUUUGGAAUCUUUGUCGUCGUUCAUCAUUUUCCUUCGUUUGUUCAUUUUCAUUCAUUCUUUUCUCAGUUACUUUUUCCUUCGCUGUAAUCCUUUUCUUCGUUCUUUCUUUCUUUCUUUCUUUCUUUCUUUCGCCAACUUUUCUUUCUUCACUGUCAUACUUUUCUUUCUGUCUUUCUUUCUUUACCUUUUAUUUCUUCUCUGUCAUACAUUUUCUUUCUUUCUUUCUUUCUUUCUUUCUUUCUUUCCCUUUACCUUUCUCUCUGUUAUACUUUUCCUUGUUUUCUUUCUUUCUUUCUUUCUUUCUUUCGCCAACUUUUCUUUCUUCGCUCUCAUACUUUUCUUUCUGUCUCCCUUUCUUUACCUUUUAUUUCUUCUCUGUCAUACUUUCUUUCUUUCUUUCUUUCUUUCUUUCUUUCUUUCUUUCUUUCCCUUUACCUUUCUCUCUGUUAUACUUUUCCUUGUUUUUUUUUUCUUUCUUUCUUUCUUUCUUUCGCCAUCUUUUCUUUCUUCGCUGUCAUACUUUUCUUUCUGUCUUUCUUUCUUUCUCUCUUUCCCUUUACCUUUCUCUCUGUUAUAUUUUUCCUUAUUCUUUUUCUUUCUUUCUUUCUUUCUUUCUUUCUUUCUUUCUUUCUUUCUUUCUUUCGUCAACUUUUCUUUCUUCGCUGUCAUACUUUUCUUUCUGUCUUUCUUAA